UAAAAAGUGAAGAACCGGUGCGCAUUACGCACACUUGCAGACACACAAACACGCACACGCACACAGCCUAUCCUCCAGACCCCGCCUGGUCUCUGCACACACUUGCGAGGCUCUGCGCUCGGCUUGCAUGGCUCUGAGUGUUUCAUGGACUUGGAACUUGGAGAAGUUGUAGUGGAUUACCGGCACUAACCCGCAGGAUCCACGCCACCGUUCACCCGGGGACUGUCGAAGUCGCGAUGGGGAGCAAGGCUUUGCACGCUCCGAUCCCCCUGCACCCUCCCCUGCAGCUCACCAACUACUCCUUCCUGCAGGCCGUCAACACCUUCCCGGCCGAGCAGCUGCAGGGUCUGUACGGCCUGAGCGCGGUGCACACCAUGCACAUGAACCACUGGACCCUGGGCUACCCGCACAUCCAGGGACUCCGAUCGACCAUCACAGAAAUGGCAGCCGCCCAGGGCCUGAUGGACCCCCGGCUCCCGUUCCCGGCGUUGCCCUUCACCACCGCCGCCGCGCAGCUCUUCCACCCAAAACAAGCCUCCAUUACGCACGGCGCGCCCUCGCUGCUGCUGCACAAGGACAGGCCGAGGUUCGAUUUCGCCAACCUGGCCUUGGCCGCCACGCAGGAGGACCCUCCGAAGGUCGCGGAUUUGGCCAAACUGGCGUCGGGACUAGGGGGGACGUGCAUAGCCGAGCUGAACAAGCUGUCCCCGGACAGGAAACCCACCCGGGGUCGGCUCCCGUCCAAGACCAAAAAGGAAUUUAUUUGCAAGUUCUGCGGCAGACAUUUCACCAAAUCCUACAACCUCCUCAUCCACGAAAGGACGCACACGGACGAGCGGCCGUACACGUGUGACAUUUGCCACAAGGCCUUCCGGAGGCAAGACCACCUCCGAGACCACAGGUACAUCCACUCCAAGGAAAAACCCUUCAAAUGUCAAGAAUGCGGGAAAGGAUUCUGCCAGUCCCGGACUCUAGCAGUGCAUAAAACCUUACACAUGCAGGAGUCUCCCCACAAAUGCCCCACAUGCGGAAGAACCUUUAAUCAAAGAAGUAACCUGAAAACUCACCUUCUCACCCAUACAGACAUCAAGCCCUACAGCUGUGGCCGCUGCGGAAAGGUGUUUCGGCGCAACUGUGACUUGCGACGGCACAGUUUGACGCACAGCCCGCAUCGGGACUACUAAAAAAAAAAAAAAAAAAAAAAAAAAAAAGGCCCCCUGCAUGGAAAGAUGUGAUGAAUACAUCACGGAACGACAAAAAAAAAGACAACAAUUGGACAAAAUGGACAAAAGGCGGGAAGAGGAGUGCACGUGGAUUGGGACUUGAUUGCAACGCCUGUAAAUAUAUAUUAUAUAGGGGGGGGGGGACUUGUACAUAAAUAAACUAGUUGUUUUUUUUCUGGCAUUCAAAGUUGUUAUGAAAAAAAAGUUUGUUAAAUUGCAUUUUAGAAAUAAAUAUUUCAUUAUAAGCA